AUGACGUCUACCAACCCGCUAGCAAGCGACCCUCACAACUCAACAAGGUCGACCCAACAUCAAAGCUUCUUGAUGCAAAUCGAUCUGGCAAACACGGAGACUGCAACAGGCUCGCCACACGAUGAAGACACCGACGAGUACAGCGACUUCGGGGAAGAUCCUGAAGCGCUCGAGAUAAUCGACCAACUCCUCCUCGAGGCCACGGGCAACUCGAGGCAGGAACAGAAAAUCGCGCCCCUGGUCGUAACAGAUAUUGAAGAUUAUGAAGCGCCUCGAGGCGUUCGUCUGCCUAAAGUGCUUGGUCUCGAAGCACCGCGUCAGUGGAACCUCGAGACCCGGUCUGUGGAGGGCUUCCUGCUCCAGAACGUACUCGACCAAAGUCCUUCGCAGAGACCAUCUUCUGCCAAUGAAGAGGAUGCAAGGACGGGAAGAGAGACAUCUCCACAACCUACGCAACCCAGACGAGAUGCUCAGCAGGAGCAGCAACCCUCCGAGUCGCACGCUCGAUCUCCUCUCGACCGAUUUCGCAAGCCUCCCAUGAAAGCCCUUUCCGUCACCGAUCUGAUCUCUCCUGCAUGGUGCGAGCUACAAUAUUACUACGUCUUGACCAAACAUGGUCGCAAAAGGAGGACACCGGCAAUGAAACAAGGCAGUGCUGUCCACCAGGCAUUGGAGGAUGAGAUACACGUCACUGUCCCCGUGGAGAUCACCAAGAGGGAAGACAGCUGGGGCCUCCGAAUAUGGAACAUCGUGCAGGGGCUGAAAACGCUCAGAGAGAAUGGAAAGACGAGGGAGCUGGAGAUCUGGGGAUCAAUUGGCGGAGAGAUCGUCAACGGAGUCAUUGACGAGUUGAGCUACGAAUGUCCUGACCCGAAGCUCGAGGAUAUGAGUCGACGUCUGCUGGAGAAGAAAGAGGUUGAGCCUCCACUGCCAGAAUACCAGGCCAGUAUCAGGGAUUACCUUGUGACGAACGAGACUCGAGAUCAGGGCCAGUCACUGUCGGAGGCUCUGAAGAACGGCAGUGGCGAUAUCAGUAAAGAGGCCGGUAGCAGGCCUACGACGCAGAGGACGAGGAAUUCAGGACAAGACGACGAGAGGCGAAUCUACAUCACCGAUGUGAAGACACGAGGCACUCCCACUCUACCUACGGGGUCAGCCAUUCGACCGACCCUCGUCCAACUACACCUCUACCACCACAUGCUGGAAGGGAUGGCCCAGGGACAGUUCCCCCUCUCCCACCUGGCAGAGAGGUACAAGUUUGAUAUCCACGAGACAUUCUCCGACCCCUUUAUCGCGCAGAUUGGCGGACUUAACCAAGAGGUGUAUGAAUUAUCCCAACAGAGUGACGAUGCCAGGCAGGAACUGCCGCCGUCAACGCAGGACUCCGUGGAUAUUCUUCUCCAGCACAACACCUUGGCUAGUCUGUGGGAUUUCAUGAUGGAGCAGUUUCGACUGACGUUUAUCAUCCCUUCGAGCUCGGCCUCGGUGUCCGCGCCGCUUGAUCCCAACUCCUCCGAUCAAAAUCAAGAUCCAAACGUUCCACCACCCUCCUCUCUCUCCGCCCUCCCUACGCCGCCGUCUCAACCAACACGGCUCUCUCCUAUUCUCACAGCACGUUACAUCUCCCACAAUUACAAACAUCACAGCAUCACGAGCGGCGCCGCAGAAGCUCAGUCGCACAUUCUAGGAAGCAAAUCCGUCCUCUUCAACCCCUCUUUCUUCACCUCUUCUCUCUACUCCUCUCUAGCUUUCUGGAAGGGCGAGCGGGAGGCUCGUGGCGUGGAGGUCAUUGAUGCGUGGAAGUGUCGUAUUUGCGAGUUUCGGGACGAGUGCGUCUGGGUCAGAGAGCGGGACGAGAACAUGGUCAGGGAGGCAAGGGAGCGGAGGAGGCUGAAGGAGGAGCUUGAGGACGGAGAACCGGGAGAAGGGAAAGUGGGCAGGAGAAGUCGGGUCUGA